AUGGCUUCUAAAUUAUCUACGAGAACUACAUUCAAGGAGUUUCGCGCUAUAGAGCCCUUCUAUACCGGCGGCGAGAUCACAACAGAUGAGACUGGGACAUUCUUGGCUUCGACCUUAGACGACGAAGACUGUUUGAUCGUCGAUCAGAGAUCAGCGAAACCUCUUUGUCGAAUUGAGGGUGAUGGCGAAGCCAUUACCAGCUUGGCGCUUACUCGUGGUGCUCAACACGUCGUUGUCUGCUCGAGGUCACUUUCGAUGAGAAUAUUUCAGCUUGCUCAUAGUGAUGGCGCUGUUACAGCUGAACUACUGCGAACACUCAAGCCUCAUGCAACGCCAGUCGUCGCAUCUACUGUUGAUUCGACGGGAACGUUGCUGGCCACAGGUGGUGCCGAUGGUAUCGUCAAAAUCUGGGAUAUACGCGGUGGCUACUGUUCUCACACUUUCCAUGGUCAUGGCGGGGUUAUCACCGCGCUUGAGAUCUUCGACUCAAAGUCCGCCCGACAGGAUACUUCAGCGAAGAAGCGUAAGUCUGGUCAAGUGAAUGGUUCAUCUCAAACAAACUCGAUCUUUUUGGCUUCGAGCGCUGAGGACGGUCGAAUUAAGGUUCAUAACCUCGGUACACGCCAGCAGGUUGCAGCUUUGGACUCGCACGUCAGUGUCGUUCGAGCUUGCAAGUUCUCCCCUGACCAAGAUCUGCUGGUCUCCGCAAGCAGAGAUCGGACGAUAGUCUUAUGGGACGUAAAGACAUGGACUGCCAAGCGAGUCUUGACUGCCACAGAAGAAAUAGAAGCUGCGGGCUUCAUGUCAGGAGGCGGAUACCUCUAUGCUGGUGGAGAGCAAGGACGUGUCCGAUUAUGGUCUACUUCCAGCGGGCAAGAGCUUCAAACAGCUCCUGGCCGUGGCCUGGAGAAUGAGAGCAUAACUACUAUCCUGUCGAUACCUGGACAAUACUCGCUCCUCGCUGUGCGUAAUAACCAAGUAUUAGAGCUUCUCUCUUAUCAAUCCCUCGAGCAGAGGAUACACGAUGGUGAAGCAGCACUCGUUUCUACUAGGACGUUCUCUGGAAACCACGACGAAGUGAUUGAUAUCGCUUGCAUCGAUGCGUCGCUAUUAGCAAUUGCAGACAACACUGAGACUGUUAAGAUACUCUCGACUGCUGCGGACAGGGAAUCGAAUGAUAGUCCUGACUUUGGAAGUAACGUUUCAAGCCUGGAAGGACAUACAGACGUGGUCAUUUGUAUGGACGUUGAUGCGCAAGGACAAUGGUUCGCAACUGGUUCCAAGGACAACACAGCACGCAUCUGGCAUAGAGAAGCCAAACAGACAAAGUUCAGCUGUUUUGCAACACUUGCCGGUCACACAGCGUCGAUUGGAGCCAUCGGCUUUCCCAAGAUUGCUAGCAAGUAUCACAUACCACCAUUUCUCGUCACAGGAUCUGAGGAUAAGACAGUCAAAAAAUGGGAUUUAUCGAAGCUUCAACCCAAGCUUCCUACCACUCCACAUGCUAUUGCUAAGGCAGUCUUUACAAGAGUUGCACAUGAAAAAGACAUCAACGCAAUUGAUCUUUCGCCAACAGAACCGCUGUUCGCAUCAGCAUCGCAAGAUCGUACAAUCAAGAUAUGGUCUACCGACGACGGUUCGACUACGGCAAUACUCAAAGGCCACAAGCGAGGCGUCUGGUCAGUACGAUUCUCACCAGCAGGAACACCCGCACUCAGUCUAUCUGAAGGAGGAUCGUCAGGUAAUCGUGGCCUGCUCGUGAGUGGGUCGGGAGACAACACCGUCAAAGUAUGGUCGCUAAAUACCUAUACCUGCCUUCUUACCUUCGAGGGACAUCAAAACUCUGUGCUGAAAGUGCUGUGGCUACCACCACCUUCAACGGGAGACUCGGAUGAUUCUCGACAAUCGCACCAGAACAAGCCGAUGAUUGCUUCAGCAUCCUCGGAUACGCUCAUCAAGUUGUGGUCACCUUAUGCCUCAGCAGACGCCGACCAUCUCCUGACAACUCUAGAUGGUCAUACAGAUAGAGUUUGGUCGCUUGCCGCACCUCUAUCUGUCACCAAUCGAACUCCAGAGUCCGAAAAGGCUAGGAAAGCAGCUCCUUACAGCCUUAUCUCUGGUGCGGCAGAUGCAAAAAUCGCUUUUUGGACAGACACAACUGCCACAACAGCAAUUGAAACUACGAAAGCUUUAACGGAACGUGUUGAGCAAGACCAAAUGCUGCAGAACCAUAUCCUUGCUCGACACUACAAAGAAGGAAUUACGUUAUCUCUUGCACUAAAUCAUCCAGGUCGACUGCUUCGAAUUUUCGAGGACGUGGUCAAUUUGCCUGAAACGGAGCGUGAGCCAGGCACGUACAUGGGAGUACAAGUCGUAGACGAUGUUAUUGGUGGCUUGAAUCAAGAACAGCUCUACAAGUUAUUGGAGCGAAUCAGAGACUGGAACACGAAUGCACGAACGGCGACAGUGGCACAGAAAGUGCUCAACUGCUUGCUGAGGAAGUAUCCGCAGGGUCUGUGGACCGACAUGGCACGAGACAGAGAGGUCCUAAAACUGGCAAGGAGUUCAAGGGCAAAGGGCACUGCUGGUGGUAAUGCCAUGAAAGACUUAUUCAGAGCGCUCGAAGCGUAUACGGAACGACACUACAAGAGGAUCGAGGAGCUGAUAGAUGAGAGUUAUCUGUUGGAGUAUACAUUGAGGGAGAUGGACGAAAUUGGAGGCACGACUGUCACUCAGAACGGCACGUCUAGCACGAGUAAAGAUAUGAUCAUGAUUUGA